AUGACAGUCUGCGUCGUCACGCCAGCGUAUAUGGAACAGGAAACAAUUGCUCAGACACACUGGCGUACUGCCCAGCGUAGGCGACAACAUUCAGGUGCUCUCCGAGUUUGUUCUCUGUCAGAAUCUUCGAGCAUUGGAAGGCCCCCAAGAAGGCCCAUCUUACGUUCCCCUUCGGUGCUAUGUGAGUUCUGCAGAGUUACAAACAUUGGAUCUGGAUGGUCUGUGAGAAACAACAAGACGAAUGUGAAUUCCAGUGAUUUCAGUUUUUUUAGCGAAGGACUUAUUAAAACGUGGGUGGAAAUUCUCCGGAAUAUAUUCAUGAACACUUCUCAGGAUCUCCCUGAAAUCAUUCUAAUACUGUCUUUGAUCUGCACAGUUGGAGCAUUUUUAAAACUACGUUUGAAAGACUUUCCAAUUCCUCUCCCUGUGAUAUUGUUUUUAAUUGGAUGUAGUUUUGAAAUACUAAGUUUUACAUCUGACCAGGUCCAAAGAUACACAGAUGCCAUACAACAGAUGAAUCCACACUUAUUUUUUAAUAUAUUUACACCUGUAAUUAUCUUUAAUGUUGCAUUUGACAUGGACAUUUACAUGUUCCACAAGUUAUUUUGGCAGAUACUUUUAAUUACAAUUCCUGGCUUUCUGAUGAAUUAUAUUUUAGUUCUUUGGUAUCUGACAUCUGUGAAUAAGUUACUUUUGAAAACCAUCCCAUGGUUAUUAUUUUCAUCUAUCCUUGUGAGUUCAGAUCCCACGCUGACUGCAGUUGCUGUAAGAGACCUUGGUCUUUCUAGAAGCCUCAUCAAUUUAAUUAAUGGGGAAAGUCUGAUGACCUCUGUAAUGUCUUUAAUUAUGUUUACUAGUGUGGUAGAUCUUAAUUCUGGCCAGCAAAGGGAAAUGAACUUUUCCUUAGCCCAAGCCUUCCUGAGUGAAAUCUGGUCAUACUUUAUUGCAAGUUUCUUGUUUGGAAUUCUAAGUUCGAAAUUGAUUCAAUUGUGGCUGUCUACUGUUUUUGAUGAUGAUGUCAAUUAUAUCAGUCUCAGCUUUUCAGUUGUAUACCUCAUCUAUUUUAUUUGUGAGCUAGUUGGAAUGUCUGGAAUAUUUACCCUGGCCAUUAUAGGGCUUUUUUUAAAUUCUACAAAUUUUAAACCAGGAGUUGAAGCACUUCUUCUCAAAUUCUGGAAUUGUCUAUCAUUUGUUGCCCUUCUUAUGGUGUUUACUUUCAUUGGACUUUUAAUUCCUGCACAUACAUAUUUAUCUGUAUCAUUAUCUGAUGUAUAUUACUUAUUAAAUACCUACUUCACACUUACUGUUUUAAGACUUCUGGUCUUUCUAGCCAUGAGCCCUCUUUUGUCUCGAAUUGGACAUGGGUUCAACUGGCGCUGGGCGUUCAUAAUAGUCUGGAGUGAAAUGAAGGGGACGCCCAACAUCACCAUGGCCCUGCUACUUGCCUACUCGGACCUUCCUCUGGGAUCAGAGAGGGAAAAAUCUCAAUUAUUAUUUCAUGGAGUGUCAGUAUGCUUAGUUUCCUUGAUUGUCAAUAGAUUGAUUUUGCCAACGGCAGUUAGUAAACUUGGUCUCCUUGAUGUCACAUCAACAAAAAAUAAAUCACUUUAUUAUACAUUUCAACACUUUCAAGAGCUUACCAAAUCUACAGUCUCUACACUCAAAUUCGACAAGGAUCUUGCUAAUGCAGAUUGGCACAUGGUUGAGGAAGCACUUAUACUUCAAAACCCAUAUGCGUUGAACCAAGGAGAAGCAACAGGCCAUCAAAAGAUGAGAUGUCCAGACUGUAACAAGGAAAUAGAUGAGACCCUUAACAUUGAAACAAUGGAGUUGGCCAAAAGGCGUCUCUUGUCAGCACAAAUAGCAAGCUACCAGAGACAGUACAAGAAUGAGAUUCUGUCCAAGAAGGCAGUUCAGCUGCUGGAAGGUGCAGCAGGAAGCUUUGGUGACAAGAAGGGAGAAUACAUGAGUCUUGAGGCAAUAAAGAAAUAUUAUGAAAGCAUAAAAUUUCUUGGAUUUAUUAGAAAACUAUUGCUCAAGUGUGUGUAUAAUACUAAAAAGGGAAAAGGGACCCCAUCAAGAUAUUGCUUUCUUCAUGUAUGCCAUAAGAUUGUAUUUACUGAUGAAUUUGAGUAUGUUGGAUACCUUGUCAUACUGAUGAAUAUGUUUCCUAUUAUAAUUUCUUGGAUAUCUGUGUUAGGAGAUAUCUAUAAGCAUGAAUUAAAAUACUCUAACUACCUUUUUCUUGCAUUUUAUAUCCUGGAAGCCCUAUUAAAGAUAGCAGCAAUGAGGAAGGAAUAUUUUUUACAUAUCUGGAACAAAUUUGAGUUAGCAAUUAUAAUUUUGGGCAUCAUAGAUGUAAUUCUUACUGAGACAAAUUCCAUUGAUUUUACUUUUGAUGUGACUCAAAUGGUGGUCUUUAUGAAACUUCUUCAGCUUGUUCGAGUAUUACGAAUUUUGAAGCUUGUAACACCAAAGUUGCUGCAAAUAACAGAUAAAAGGAUUAGUCAUCAGCUGUCCUUUAAGUACGCAAUACUAAAAGGGUAUGUCCAAGGUGAAGUAGACACAAUGACCAUAAUAGAUGAGAUUGCAAGUUCUGAAGAGGUUAAACAGAUGCUGUUAAGGAGGGUAACAAAGAAUACAGGACAUGCUAUGGAAGAGCUAGGCUACUUUGAGUAUGAUCAUCCAGAAAUCACUAUCACUAUGAAAACAAAGGAAGAGAUUAAUGUUAUGCUUAAUUUGGCUACAGAAAUUGUUAAUGUUUUCAGGUUAAAAGGAAUUAUUCAUGAAGUUGAAAGUUCUGAAAUUGAUAAGGAAAGAGCCAGAAUUUUAACAUUUGAUUGUGAAAAUGAUGUAUUUGAAGAAGGUGAUGAGCCCAAAGGAAUUUAUAUAAUACUUUCAGGCAUGAUAAAGCUUCAAAGAUCAAAGCCAGAUUUGAGAAUUGACGAAAUACUCUGGGAGUCAGAGGAGAAAGAUUAUGAGAUAACUUACACAGACUAUUUGAUCAGUGGGGAAAUAAUAGGAGAGAUAAACUGUUUAACUAAUACUCCCAUGAAAUAUUCUGCUACCUGCAAAACUGUAGUGGAGACAUGUUUUAUUUCCAAAAAUCAUUUGUAUGAAGCUUUUCAACACUACUGUCCUCACAUUGAAUAUAAAAUGUGGCUGAAACUUGGACUUUCUAUUACUGCCAGAAAAAUAAGAGAACAUUUAUCUUAUGAGGAUUGGAACUACAAGAUGCAAUUAAAACUCUGUAACAUUUAUGUAAAAGAUAUACCAAGGAACACCAAAACUAGUAUCUAUAAUAAAACUGUAAUUUACAUCAUUCUCAUACAUGGAGCUAUAGAAGAUUGUUACUUACGAAAAGCUUAUAAGGCACCUUUCUUAAUUCCUAUACCAUGCUAUCAAGUCCAAGGCACUGAAGAUUUCACAAAGGUAAUGAUAGUUCAAACUUCCACUGAUGUGAAAAAACUCAGAAGGAGCACUAGAAAGUAUGUAUGCUCACAUAAGCCAUCUCUUCCAUCCACAUCAGUGUCUGCAAAGAAAAUGUAUGAAGAUGACCAGGAUGAAACAACUAUUGAGUGUUUUGGUUCCCCGGACAGAGUACAGAGUACUGCCACUGUCAGAAGUCCCAGUGGUCGGUCCCCUGCUCUAGACUAG